UCGUCGACGUUCGUUCGCUCAUUCGCCCAUAGAUACUCCCACCCGCGAUAAAGCGCGCCGUUAAGAAACCGGUGCAUGGAAGCGGCUGAAGCCAUAUACAUCGGAAGAGCGACGAUCCCGGUAGUUGGUUCUCGGCGUCGUGAAGUGAACAUUGGUGCAACGACGUUCCACGACGUGCCACACGCACUACGUUUAGCGCAACAGGAGACGAACAGCGACAAUGAACAAAAAUGAUCAGCCGCCCCCGUCCGGUUUCGCGCCUGGUUUUGUGCCGCCACCUCCUUACGAGCAGCAGCAGCAGCAGCAACAACCGCAAAUGCAAAUGCCACAUGUGAUCGUCAUGGCGGGAAAUUUCGGCCCGGAAACGCAGCGCAUGACCUGUCCACAGUGUCACGCUAAUGUAAGCACACGGGUGGAAUCGGAAGCGAACACAAAGACGCACCUGAUAGCGCUACUCCUCUGUAUCUUUGGAUUGUGGUGUUGCGCGCCGUGUCCUUAUUGCAUGGACACCUGCUUAGUCAAGAAGCAUUACUGUCCAGCCUGCGGCGCUUACCUCGGGGCGUCCGAAAAUUAAUCUACCUUAGCUGCGAUAAGAAUACAAAGUAAACACUGCGACAUCGCGUUACAAUCGAUCGGACUGCACGGAGCAUACGCGGCUGACGUUGAACAAUUUCAUUGUUCACGCGUGAGACAGCUGCGGUAGUAAACCCUUCUGUAAAUACAAGUUCACACAAAAAGGAUGAUGUGUGCACAGUUCAGUGUUCGUUCCUUCUUUUGUACAAGGAUUAUAAGAUAAUGAAAAUUGUGUGUAAAGUCGUUCAUAUAUUAUUCGCAAGAUUGCCGUUCAAUACGUGUAAAUGUGAGUACAGUAGAAAGUCGUGUAAUUGUUUUCGCACUGUAGCGCGAUACCAAAACAUUUCACCUUGCCGUACCUGUGAUCGAAUAUUCCGUGUUGAUCGAAACUAUCACGGAAAAUAUUAAGAUAUAUUAGACUCGCAGAGUUACAUUUAUAUGUAUGUUUUUUACUCACACGGCAAAUAUAUAAAUACGCGACACUGUGUAACAUUAUUUCACAUUCCACAUUUAUUUAAGAAUAUACUCUACCUCUUUUCGUUU